UGAGAGCAGAGCCGGCUGCCAGCCGCACCUCCUGUGGCUCCGAGGGGCCCUCACUCACUCCAGCUGCUUAGGGUAUCAUCACCAUGUCUGCCCCCGACAAAGGAGGCCGGAAUCCUCCCAAACCCAAGGGCAAGACCCUGGGGAGCUUCUUCGGGUCUCUGCCUGGCUUCAGUUCAGCGCGGAACCUGAUGGCCGGCGCCCACAGUUCAGCGAAAGAGGCCCGGCCCGUCGCGGACCCCACAGGUGCCUCUGCCCAGCCCCAGACUGAGGCAGCCACCAACCUGGCCCCGACGGAGCGCGGGGAGAAGCUGCCGCCGCCUUCGGAUAAGACGAUCUCUGGGGCAAAGGACCUGGUGUGCUCUAAGAUGACCAAGACCAAGGGUGCCAUCUCCUCUGGGAUGGCCAACAUGGCGGACACAGCUAAAGGUGUGGUGCAGGGAGGCCUAGAUAUGACCCGGUCUGCACUCAUGGGCACCAAGGAGACUGUGGCCACUGGGGUCACAGGUGCAGUGGAUGUAGCCAAGGGCACUGUCCAGACUGGCCUAGAUACCACCAAGACCGUCCUCACGGGCACCAAGGACACCGUCUGCAGUGGUGUGACCGGUGCCGUGAAUGUGGCCAAAGGAGCUGUCCAGACUGGCAUGGACACCACCAAGACCGUCCUCACGGGCACCAAGGAUACAGUGUCCACUGGGCUCACUGGGGCAGUCAAUAUGGCCAAGGGCACCGUCCAGACUGGCCUGGACACCACCAAGACUGUUGUGACAGGUACCAAGGACACUGUGUGCAGUGGGGUGACCAGUGCCAUGAAUGUGGCCAAAGGAGCUGUCCAAGGAAGUCUGGACACCUCAAAGACUGUCCUCACGGGCACCAAAGAUACAGUGUCCAUGGGGGUGACAGGGGCAGCGAACAUGGCCAAGGGCACCAUUCAGACUGGCUUGGACACCACCAAGACCGUCCUGACGGGCACCAAGGAUGCAGUGUCCACUGGGCUCACUGGGGCAGUCAAUAUGGCCAAGGGCACCGUCCAGACUGGGCUGGACACCUCAAAGACUAUCCUGACUGGCACCAAAGACACCCUAUCUACUGGGCUCACAGGCGCACUGGGUGUGGCCAAGGGCACUGUCCAGACUGGCCUGGACACCACCAAGACUGUCCUCACGGGCACCAAGGACACCGUGUGCAGCGGGAUGACCGGUGCCAUGAACGUGGCCAAAGGAGCUGUCCAGACUGGCAUGGACACCACCAAGACCGUCCUCACGGGCACCAAGGACACCGUGUGCAGUGGGAUGACCGGUGCCAUGAACGUGGCCAAAGGAGCUGUCCAAGGAGGUCUGGACACCUCAAAGACCGUCCUCACGGGCACCAAAGAUGCAGUGGCCACUGGGGUGACAGGGGCAGCAAACAUGGCCAAGGGAGCCCUGCAAACUGGGCUCAAUACGACCCAAAACAUCGUCACAGGCACCAAGGACACCGUGUGUAGUGGGGUGACCGGUGCCAUGAACAUGGCCAAAGGAGCUGUCCAGACUGGCAUGGACACAUCAAAGGCCAUCCUGACUGGCACCAAAGACACUGUGUCCACAGGGCUCACAGGUGCAGUGGGUGUGGCCAAGGGCACCGUCCAGACUGGUCUGAACACCACCAAGACUGUCCUCACAGGCACCAAGGACACCAUGUGCAGUGGGAUGACCGGUGCUGUGAAUGUGGCCAAAGGAGCUGUCCAGACUGGUAUGGACACCACGAAGACCAUUGUCACAGGCACCAAAGAUGCAGUGUCCACUGGGGUGACAGGGGCAGCAAACAUGGCCAAGGGAACUGUCCAGACUGGACUGGACACCACCAAGACCGUCCUCACGGGCACCAAGGACACCGUGUGCAGCGGUAUGACCGGUGCCAUGAACGUGGCCAAAGGAGCUGUCCAGACUGGCAUGGACACAUCAAAGGCCAUCCUGACUGGCACCAAGGAUACAGUGUCCACUGGGCUCACUGGGGCAGUCAACAUGGCCAAGGGCACUGUGCAGACUGGCAUGGACACCACCAAGACCGUCCUCACAGGCACCAAAGAUGCAGUGGCCACUGGGGUGACAGGGGCAGCAAACAUGGCCAAGGGAGCCCUGCAAACUGGGCUCAAUACAACCCAAAACAUUGUCACAGGCACCAAGGACACUGUGUGCAGUGGGGUGACCGGUGCCGUGAAUGUGGCCAAAGGAGCUGUCCAGACUGGCAUGGACACCACCAAGACCGUCCUCACGGGCACCAAGGAUACAGUGUCCACUGGGCUCACUGGGGCAGUCAAUAUGGCCAAGGGCACCGUCCAGACUGGCCUGGACACCACCAAGACUGUUGUGACAGGUACCAAGGACACUGUGUGCAGUGGGGUGACCAGUGCCAUGAAUGUGGCCAAAGGAGCUGUCCAAGGAAGUCUGGACACCUCAAAGACUGUCCUCACGGGCACCAAAGAUACAGUGUCCAUGGGGGUGACAGGGGCAGCGAACAUGGCCAAGGGCACCAUUCAGACUGGCUUGGACACCACCAAGACCGUCCUGACGGGCACCAAGGAUGCAGUGUCCACUGGGCUCACUGGGGCAGUCAAUAUGGCCAAGGGCACCGUCCAGACUGGGCUGGACACCUCAAAGACUAUCCUGACUGGCACCAAAGACACCCUAUCUACUGGGCUCACAGGCGCACUGGGUGUGGCCAAGGGCACUGUCCAGACUGGCCUGGACACCACCAAGACUGUCCUCACGGGCACCAAGGACACCGUGUGCAGCGGGAUGACCGGUGCCAUGAACGUGGCCAAAGGAGCUGUCCAGACUGGCAUGGACACCACCAAGACCGUCCUCACGGGCACCAAGGACACCGUGUGCAGUGGGAUGACCGGUGCCAUGAACGUGGCCAAAGGAGCUGUCCAAGGAGGUCUGGACACCUCAAAGACCGUCCUCACGGGCACCAAAGAUGCAGUGGCCACUGGGGUGACAGGGGCAGCAAACAUGGCCAAGGGAGCCCUGCAAACUGGGCUCAAUACGACCCAAAACAUCGUCACAGGCACCAAGGACACCGUGUGUAGUGGGGUGACCGGUGCCAUGAACAUGGCCAAAGGAGCUGUCCAGACUGGCAUGGACACAUCAAAGGCCAUCCUGACUGGCACCAAAGACACUGUGUCCACAGGGCUCACAGGUGCAGUGGGUGUGGCCAAGGGCACCGUCCAGACUGGUCUGAACACCACCAAGACUGUCCUCACAGGCACCAAGGACACCGUGUGCAGUGGGAUGACCGGUGCUGUGAAUGUGGCCAAAGGAGCUGUCCAGACUGGUAUGGACACCACGAAGACCAUUGUCACAGGCACCAAAGAUGCAGUGUCCACUGGGGUGACAGGGGCAGCAAACAUGGCCAAGGGAACUGUCCAGACUGGCCUGGACACCACCAAGACCGUCCUCACGGGCACCAAGGACACCGUGUGCAGUGGCGUGACCGGUGCCAUGGAUGUGGCCAAAGGAGCUGUCCAGACUGGCAUGGACACAUCAAAGGCCAUCCUGACUGGGACCAAGGAUACAGUGUCCACUGGGCUCACUGGGGCAGUCAACAUGGCCAAGGGCACCGUCCAGACUGGCCUAGACACCUCAAAGACUGUCCUGACUGGCACCAAAGAUACCCUAUCUACCGGGCUCACAGGUGCACUGGGUGUGGCCAAGGGCACUGUCCAGACUGGCCUGGACACCACCAAGACCGUCCUCACGGGCACCAAGGACACCGUGUGCAGCGGGAUGACCGGUGCCGUGAAUGUGGCCAAAGGAGCUGUCCAGACUGGCAUGGACACCACCAAGACCGUCCUCAUAGGCACCAAAGAUGCAGUGUCCACUGGGGUGACAGGGGCAGCAAACAUGGCCAAGGGAGCCCUGCAAACUGGGCUCAAUACAACCCAAAACAUUGUCACAGGCACCAAGGACACUGUGUGCAGUGGGGUGACCGGUGCCAUGAACGUGGCCAAAGGAGCUGUCCAAGGAGGUCUGGACACCUCAAAGACCGUCCUCACGGGCACCAAAGAUGCAGUGGCCACUGGGGUGACAGGGGCAGCAAACAUGGCCAAGGGAGCCCUGCAAACUGGCCUCAAUACGACCCAAAACAUUGUCACAGGCACCAAGGACACCAUGUGCAGUGGCGUGACCGGUGCCAUGAACGUGGCCAAAGGAGCUGUCCAGACUGGCAUGGACACAUCAAAGGCCAUCCUGACUGGCACCAAGGAUACAGUGUCCACUGGGCUCACUGGGGCCAUCAACAUGGCCAAGGGCACCGUCCAGACUGGCAUGGACACCACCAAGACCGUCCUCACGGGCACCAAGGAUGCAGUGUCCACUGGGCUCACUGGGGCAGUCAAUAUGGCCAAGGGCACCAUGCAGACUGGCCUAGACACCUCAAAGACUGUCCUGACUGGCACCAAAGAUACCCUAUCUACCGGGCUCACAGGUGCACUGGGUGUGGCCAAGGGCACUGUCCAGACUGGCCUGGACACCACCAAGACCGUCCUCACGGGCACCAAGGACACCGUGUGCAGCGGGAUGACCGGUGCUGUGAAUGUGGCCAAAGGAGCUGUCCAGACUGGCAUGGACACCACCAAGACUGUCCUCACAGGCACCAAGGACACCGUGUGCAGCGGGAUGACCGGUGCCGUGAAUGUGGCCAAAGGAGCUGUCCAGACUGGCAUGGACACCACCAAGACCGUCCUCACAGGCACCAAGGAUACAGUGGCCACUGGGGUGACAGGGGCAGCAAACAUGGCCAAGGGAGCCCUGCAAACUGGGCUCAAUACAACCCAAAACAUUGUCACAGGCACCAAGGACACUGUGUGCAGUGGGGUGACCGGUGCCGUGAACGUGGCCAAAGGAGCUGUCCAGACUGGCAUGGACACCACCAAGACCAUCCUCACGGGCACCAAGGACACCGUGUGUAGUGGGAUGACCGGUGCCAUGAACGUGGCCAAAGGAGCUGUCCAAGGAGGUCUGGACACCUCAAAGACCGUCCUCAUGGGCACCAAAGAUGCAGUGUCCACUGGGAUGACAGGGGCAGCAAACAUGGCCAAGGGAGCCCUGCAAACUGGCCUCAAUACGACCCAAAACAUCGUCACAGGCACCAAGGACACUGUGUGCAGUGGCGUGACCGGUGCCAUGGAUGUGGCCAAAGGAGCUGUCCAAGGAGGUCUGGGCACCUCAAAGACCAUCCUGACUGGCACCAAAGACACCCUAUCUACUGGGCUCACAGGCGCACUGGGUGUGGCCAAGGGCACUGUUCAGACUGGUCUGAACACCACCAAGACCCUCCUGACAGGCACCAAGGACACCGUGUGCAGCGGGAUGACCGGUGCCAUGAAUGUGGCCAGAGGAGCUGUCCACAUUGGCAUGGACACAUCAGAGGCCAUCCUGACUGGCACCAAAGAUGCAGUGUCCACUGGGCUCACCGGUGCAGGGAGUGUGGCCAAAGAGGCAGUGCAAACCGUCCAGAAUUGGUUACCCGGUACCCAGGACAGUGUCUGGAGUGGACUCACCAGUUACAGAGCCCCAGGCAACAGCGGGGAACAGGCCAUCCUGAGACCCCAGGAGGCUCUGUCCUCUGGGCUGUCCAGCGCCCCAGACACUCUCUGUGCCAGCCUGGACCUUGCCAGGGAAGCCACUGCUGUGGCAACAGGCGCCCACGGGGCCCCCCUGGGCAGGGAGAAUGCAGGACACGAAGGAGCCUUGAGCUUCGCAACUCUGCGGCAUGAGCUGGGGGAGCUGGGGGACAUCUUCUGCCCCAUGGAUGCCAAGGAGCAAGCUCAGCUUGCUGCCUCCGAACCUGGGCCAAAGGUGCUCACGGCCGACCGCGGCAGCUACUUUGUGCGUCUGGGCGACCUGGCCCCCGGCUUCCGGCAGCGGGCGUUCGAGCACGCCCUGAGCCACCUGCAGCAUGGCCAGUUCCAGGCCCGGGCUGCGCUGGCCCAGCUGGAGGAGUCCUUCGAGUCGAUUGAGAAGGCCAAACAGGCUCCAGAAGGCCAGUCACGGGUGGACCAGGGUCUGAGCAGCAGAGUGGAGGAAGGUGCUCCCCAAGAGGUGCUGGACUCCAGGGCUCUGUCCAGGGCCUGCAGCCUCAUCCAGCAGCUGCACGUGGCCUACAGCACCUUGGCCUCCAGCCUCCAGGGCCUCCCCUCUGAGCUCCAGCAGCAGGUUGGGCAGGCGCGCCACGGCCUCUGUGAGCUCUAUGGCCUCGUCUCCUCGGCCAGUUCUGUGGGAGAGCUGCCGGCAGAGCGGCUGGCCCAGAGCCGCGGGGCGGUGGGCCAAGCAUGGCGGGAGCUGGAGCAGAUGCUGGAGAGUGUGCAGCAUGGCCCGCCACUCUGCUGGCUCGUGGGGCCCUUUGCCCUGCACCCCACUGGGCAGCAGCUCUAGGCCCCUCCUGCCCACAGAGCCCUCUGUAGAGCCUCCUCCCCAGCCCCAAACCAGCUCCAACUCCCCUAAGGUCUGGACUCUGCCAGCUGGUGCCGCUUGGCACCCACGGGGGCACCGAGGACUUCUGAGUCUGGCCAUGCCAUGCACCCAGCUCUGGCCCCGCCUAUACCGUCCACCCUUUCUUCCCAAGCACCACUGGGCCUUCUCCUAGCCUAGGUGCCCAGGGCUGCGCAGACGGCUGACAGAGGGCCUUCCCCUCACGGUCCCAAGCAAGCCCUCCAAUUAGAAAGAGACGUGGCAACACCCCUAGGUCUAGAAGGUUCUCCAUUCAGCAGCCUCCACUAGGCGCCCCUUUAUCUUCGGGGCACCCCAACCUGGGUCCUGUAGCUGCUGCUCCUGCACCCUGGGCUCCCGGAGCCCCGUCCUCACUCCAGAAGCACACACCUGGCCCUCAGCAAACCGUGUUCCAUGUACCGGAAGGUACCAGAAUGCUACCGUCACCUGGCAGAGGCCCCUACCAUCUCUGCUGAUGUCCAGUGCGGCCAAGGGGCUCUGUGAGGGUGACACCGCAGCAGCCCCAACAGCCGCGCAUUGGCCCGGAUGGGGGACCGGACUGGGCCUCGGCUCACCCCCAGAGCUGAUAUUCUUUGGUCCCCAAGGCUCUGGGCUGAGGAAGAAGUGAGAGUGCUCCCCCAUGGGGGAUGGGGCCCUGGGGGCUAUAUGACAAAAUGUGCUCAGCACAGUCCCACGCCCACCCCAGGCUGGAGAACAGGGGCUGGGAUGCAUGCAGGGUCCCCUCCAUCCCGGCCACACUGUCCCUAAAUGCCCAGGGCAGCCACGCAAGGUGGGUGGCAUGUGGGGAAGCUGAGGCUCCCCUUCACGGGUCUCCCCUGUCCUCCAGCUGCAGGGAGCCCAGCCCAGCAAGCCCCCGCGUCCCGGAACCUGUAUCCCAUCCACAACCCCUCAUCAGGCUCCCGCUCUCCCUCAAGGAAGGCUUGAGGCACCCUCAUACCAGCCCCUUCUCAGAAACAAUGGGGUGUUCCAAGCUCAGGACGCAAGGCCAGCCUUCGCCAAAGGGUCACCGUUGGCUCCCAGCCAUGGUGAGACCUGUGUGACGGGUCAGGAAGCCCCUCGGGCCUGUCCCUCCUCAGUCUCUGCCCCAGGCAGAGGCGCUGGGCACACAGCCAUUCGUGCAAACUGAGCGGUCACGGGAGCUUCAACCCAGCCAGCCCACACAGAGGGUCGCCAGGCUCUGAAGUCCCACACCCACCACGGCCUUGGCUGAGACAGAGGCAUCUGACCGGGGCGGGGCGGGGACACCCAGUGGACGCCACUACUGAUGCAGGUGCCUGGCCCGGGACUGCACACACUGUCCAAAUCCCUGUGCCAGGCCUGGGAGCCUGGGGUCACUUUACAAGUAAGGAACGAGAAGCCCAGAGGGGGAGGGAUACUUGUCCAAGGUCAAGGAACAAAGCCUGCCCCCAACAGUUAACGCCCUCUGAACAUCAAGGACAACGGCUAGCCCACAGCACCCCCGAACCCUGAAUGGCUUGAGCACCCCGAAUGGCUGCAGCCGGGGACCCAGGUCUCACCUACAGCCCAGCUAGGAACAGCAACGGGGAGCAAGGCCGCGCCAGAGGAUCUGGGCCCUGGGCCGCCCCGCGCAAGAGGAUCAGACCGCAGCCUCCGCCUGAGCCUUCAUUACUUCUAAAACAGCCUCCCACCUCCCCUCUCCUUCACCGCCAGCCCUGCAGGCGCACACCGGGCAGGGGCAGUGUCAGAACCGAGUUCACAUUCGCUGUGAACGGUGACUUCGUGGCUUAAACCUUCUGUCCCUGGACAGCUGCACCAGCAACCCUAGAAAACCGAGCCAAUAAAAAUGACUUUCAUUAAAAAAA